AUGGUCGAGCGUCAUAAACACUACUGCCUGAAGAUGGAGCAUGUCAAGAAGCAGAGGCUGGAGAAGAAAUUAAGAGACCAGAGUUUGACGGUGGCUGGUGGACGGAGCUCGGAUUCGGUCUCGUCGAGUGGCACGAUCGACGUGGACACGCUCACAUUCAGGCCUAAA